AUGAGGGAUCCGGAAGCGCCCUCGCUGGUGAGGCUGCCGGAGCACGUGGUGCUGGAGAUCCUCGCGCGCGUGCCCGGCGUCGCCGACCUCUUCCGCUGCGCGGCCGCGCGCAAGCGCUGGCGCGACCUCGUCACCGAGCCGUCCUUCUUGCGACGCCGCUGGCCGGAGGGCGCGUGCCACUGCUCCUCCCUCGUCGGCUUCCUCGGCCGGGAGCGGCGCCGCGGCGGGGAAGGGCCGCCGGGCUCCAGCUUCGUCCGCGCGCCGGGGUCGGUGCUCGGCCCCGGCCGCCCCCUGCUCGGCUCCUUCGUCCCGGGCGCCGCCGGCCUCCUCGACGACCGCGUCGUGCCGCUCGCCUCGCACCGCGGCGUGCUCCUCGUGUGCUUCGGCGCCGAGGCGGAGGCGGAGGCGGAGCCGGAGCCCGGCGUCGACCGCCUCGCCGUGUGCAACCUGCUCUCGGGCGCGUGCCACGUGCUCCCCCCGCUGCGCUGCGACUGGUUCUUCGACUACUUUGGCACUAGCGCCCACGCCGUCCUCACCGGCGCGGACUGUUGCCCCGACGACGGCCAGCGGCAAUCGCCGGACCCGGCCUCCUUCAAGGUGCUGGUCGUCGGCGUCAGCGACGACCGGCGGCACUACGUUCUCCGCACGUUCUCCUCCGGUGACCCGAGCUGGAGCGCGCCCAGCGAGUGCUUCGACCCGGUAGAGCGCGGCAUCUUCGGGCCGUUCAAGCGGCGCAGCGCCGUCGUGAGCCACGGGACGGCGCACUGGGUCCUCUGGGACCUGGUGAAGUUCCACGUCCUCGACGUGAACGCCGCCACUCGCCACGCCUCCUUGCAGGAGCUACAGACCCCGCCGCCGGCGGGCGACCUCCCCCUGUACGAUUCGCCGCAUCUGAGCGUCGGACCAAACAAGGCGGCGACGCUGUCGUCGCUUUGUCUGUCGAGCCAAGAUCCCCAGGUGGAGAUCUGGACGCGGCGGGACGGCGGCAAAGCGAGCGACGAGGAUUGCGGCGGUGACUGGCGCCGCGAUAGGGUGAUCGAGAUGACACCCGAGCAGAACCAGAUCGUCGACAGGCCACGGUGCAUGUGCGCCGGAGACAGGAGCGGCACGCUGUUGAUCACUGACCGUUGCCGGUGCAUGUACAUUUUACAUCUGGAGAAUGGCGCCAUGGAGGAGGUGACGGACCACCUCCGUGGCCUCCGCGACUACAAGACCGCCAUGGCCGUCGAGAUAGAUUGGCCGGCCUUCUUCGUCUGUCGGCUUCUUGGUGGAAAGGCACAUGUUUAA